AUGGGGCCCUCCUGGAGUCAGCUUUUGCCUCUGGGACAUCCAUGGCCAGUUUCCUAUGGCAUUUCAGGGAAAGGGAUGGAGGGGUCCUUUUCAGAAGAAUUCUCUGUUGCACUUGAGGUCCUAGGGAUGUGUGCAUUGAAUGGGGAAGAUGAGGAGCCACACUCUGGGUCCUUCUGACUGGAGCUGACAGAAAUGGGCAUUACUCUUGAAAUCCCAAACAGUCAUAAAUACUUUCCGUGGCCAGCCAGGCUGGCCUGGAAUGCUAACUGAACUUGUCUGUUAGGGGCCGCUGAAACUGGACUCCCAGUGACCCCAGGCCCUGUGAGGCGUGAGGCAGUGAGAUGGCGGACUCCUACACGGAGCUAGAGAAGGCGGUGGUCGUCCUGGUGGAAAACUUCUACAAAUACGUCUCCAAGCACAGCCUGGUCAAGAACAAGAUCAGCAAGAGCAGCUUCCGGAAGAUGCUUCAGAAAGAGCUCAACCAUAUGCUGACGGACACGGGGAACCGGAAGGCUGCUGACAAGCUCAUCCAGGACCUGGAUGCCAACCACGACGGACGCAUCAGCUUUGACGAGUACUGGACCUUGAUAGGCGGCAUCACUAGUCCUAUCGCCAACCUUAUUCGCCAGCAGGAGCAGCAGAACAGCAGCUAGAGGCCCUCCCGCCGUCCCUUCCCCCCAUGCCCGUCCUAGGCUCCCUCCUCUGCCCACCCAGGCAGGCCCCGUCCUCCCCUCUCCCUCUAGACCCUCUUCGGACCAUAGCUGAACAGGGUAAGGGGAAACGUCAGGGCCCCUUUGUGAGUGUCUCAGUCUGGGGGUGCCUCCCUGUGGGUCUCAGUCCCUGGAGCCAGCAGACCCUGGGGCCCCUCUGUGACAAUGCUGUAUGGGGACCCAAGAGUUUCCCUACCUGUUCAGUCCAUCUACCCUUCUGACUUCCGCUGUUCCUGCCUGAUUCCGGGCCUCUCCUGACCUCAGAGGUCAGCUUGCUGCUUCAGGUCUCCGGGGUUCCUGGCAGCACCAGCAAGGACUUCUCUCUCCCUCUCCCUUCAGCCCCUCUGCUGGGUACAGGAGACUUCCAGGGAUUGUCCUCCAGCUGCCUCUGCGUCUGGGAACAGGGUCGAGCCCCCUCCCUCCUCUGCAGCCGCUGAAAUGGGAAAAAGGCUGGAUCUAGAGUUUUCCUCCCCCUCCCCCUGUCCCCUUGUCAUGUUUAUUAAAGCCUUUCCAUGCCUUGGAA